GACGACGAUUUCGUCCUCACCCUCUCCGACAACGAAGAUGGCUUCGCCGACGAACUAGCAGAAACCGAAGCAGAGCCUGCACAACUCUCCAACAAAAAGCGCAAGCGCGACUCCGACGCCGCAAACCUGUCCAAGAAAGACAAGAAGAGUAAAAAGCAAAAGAAGAAGCAACAACAACCAGCCGACUCAGACAACGACGAAGAACAACAAGCCAUCGAUGAAGAUCUGGAUCCGGAGUUUGAAUUCCAACUCGGCGAUGGCACGACGGCGAAUAUGGAAGACUUUGACGGCUGGACUGCUCACAAUGCGCAAAAGAAUGCUGGCAAGAGACUCGUGGAUAUUGAUGAUAUUAUUGCCAAGAGGAGGCAAGACAAGAAGACUCAGGCUGAAGAUCAGGCUGCUGAUGAGGAAGAGGAGGUUGAGUUUGCUGGUCUGAGCGAUGAUGGCGAGGAUGAGCUUCUCGCUGAAGACGGCUUUGGUAUGGGUGCUGCUCCUGGAGUUGAGAAGGACUCUGAAGACGAAGAGGAAGAUGAGGAUGAAGACAAGGCAAGCGAUGCUGAAGAUGGCAGCGAGGCUGGAGAUGAAUCUGAUGACGAGUCUGUCGCUGAGCAUGUUCCUCAUCCUGACGACGAGGUGUCGGAAGCCUCAGAUGCUGAAGAACAAGAGGAUGCCGAGGAGGCAGAGAAGCGUGCUGCUUUCUUCGCUCCGGAGUCGAACUUGGAUGGCGACAAGGAUCCUUCAGCAAAGCGUGUCGGUUCAUUCCAGGAGUUGGGCCUGUCACGUCCCAUCAUCAAGGGUCUGUCAUCUGUCGGUUUCGCCGCUCCUACACCUAUUCAACACAAGGCCAUCCCCGUCGCUCUUCUCGGAAAGGAUGUGGUCGGAGGUGCCGUCACAGGUUCCGGUAAAACUGCCGCCUUCAUCAUCCCCAUUCUCGAACGUCUCCUCUACCGGCCCAAGAAGGUCGCAACUACCCGUGUUGCCAUUCUCAUGCCUACCCGUGAACUGGCUCUUCAAUGUUACAACGUCGCAGUCAAGCUGGCCAGUUUCACAGACAUCACUUUCGGUCAGGCAAUCGGUGGUAUGAGUUCGCGCGAGCAGGAAGCAGCACUCAAACAACGUCCUGAUGUUGUUAUCGCCACACCCGGUCGUUUCAUCGAUUUCAUGCGCAACUCUUCCGCCUUCCAAGUCGAUACUAUUGAGAUUCUUGUCCUUGAUGAAGCCGACAGAAUGCUUGAAGACGGUUUCGCAGACGAGUUGAACGAGAUCUUGACGACCAUCCCUAAGUCCAGGCAAACCAUGCUCUUCUCCGCUACCAUGACAUCCAGCAUCGACAACUUGAUUCGCGUGGGUCUGAACCGUCCUGUCCGUCUCAUGGUCGACAGCAAACGCCAAACCGUCGCAGGUCUCACCCAAGAAUUCGUACGUCUACGUCCAGGCAGAGAAGAGAAGCGCAUCGGCUACCUCCUCCACCUCGUCCACGAAUCCUUCAGCACAAAAACCAUCAUCUUCUUCCGUCAAAAGAAAGAAGCCCACCGUAUCCGUGUCAUCUUUGGUCUCUUGGGCCUCAAAGCUGCAGAACUGCACGGAAACAUGAGCCAAGAACAACGUAUCAACGCUAUCGAAGCUUUCCGAUCUGGCGCUGCUAACUUCUUGCUCGCAACCGAUGUUGCUUCCCGUGGUCUGGAUAUCAAAAACGUGGAUGCAGUCAUCAACUACGAAGCACCCCAAACCCAAGAAAUCUACCUCCACAGAGUAGGUCGUACCGCCCGUGCAGGUAGACAAGGAAAAUCGUGCACGCUUGCUGCAGAGCCUGACCGUAAAGUCGUCAAGCAAUGCGUCAAAACCGCACGCACUCAAGGCGCCAUCAUCAAAUCGCGCAUCAUCCCCCCAGCAGCCGCAGACGAGUGGUCGGAAAAAGUCGACAAUCUAGCAGAGGAGAUUGAAGCCGUCCUCCGCGAAGAAAAGGAAGAAAAAGUGCUCGCAACCACAGAAAUGCAAAUGCGCCGAACCGAAAACAUCAUGACGCAUGAAGCAGAAAUCCUCUCUCGACCCAAGAAAACCUGGUUUGAGAGCGAGGCAGACAAACGCGCUGCCAAGUUACGCGGCAAGGAAGCGCUUAAUGGUGUUCAAACACCCGGCGCGAAACUCAAAGGCGAUAGAAAGAAGUUGUCGAAUAAGCAGAAGAAGAAGUUGGAGGAUAGGGAUGAGAGAAUGGAGGGUGGGGGCUGGAAGAAAGGAAGACAGGAGAGGGAUGGCAAGGGAGUGCUUGAGAAGGAGAAGAAG